AUGAGUCUAGUUCGUUUCCUCACCUACGCCAAUGAGUUCGAUAUCCAAGGCAUUGCUGCAACCACAUCAACAUGGCUCCCAAGUCGUACGGACCCCGACACCAUCCGCGAAGUUGUCCAAGACGGCUAUGGACAAGUCGUUGAUAACCUCAGUGCGAACGCUCCCGCUGAUGCUUCAUAUCCAUCGACUGAAGAAAUCCUCUCGAAAAUUUCUUCUGCUCACCCGGUAUAUGGACUUGAGGUUCUAAAGGCCAACAACCUCAGCGACGCUGCUGCCAAUCUCGUGAAGGCGACCGACGAUUCAGAUGCCCCUCUUUGGGUCUCUGUCUGGGGUGGUGCUGCCGUUCUGGCUGAGACUCUUCAGCAUGUCUCCAACACCCGCGAUGAAGCUGCGGUAGAAUCCUUCGUCGGCAAGCUCAGGGUUUACUCCAUCUCAGAUCAAGACGAUGCCGGUUCAUGGAUUCGAGCCCAAUACCCCGCCUUGUUCUACAUUGUGUCGCUUCAUGGAUGGAGUGAAUACACCCAGCCAACUUGGAUCGGCAUCUCUGGCGAGGAAUACCGGCACUUCGACGUUGGUGGCCCUAUUUCGGCCAUCGUCUCCAACGAAUGGCUGCAACAGCAUAUCCGGAUUGGUCCUCUUGGAGCGCAUUAUCUCAACUGGUCAUUCAUCAUGGAGGGAGACACCCCUGCCUUCCUCACUCUGGUCCAGAACGGAUUGGGUGAUAUUGACCACCCGGAGUGGGGAAGCUGGGGCGGCCGUUACGUACAAGUUGAUGCACCCACUGCUGCUCACCGCUCAGUGUACUCAGAUACCGCGGACUACGUGGAAGGCGCGGAUGGCAAGGCAUACUCCAGCAGGUUUGCGACCAUUUGGAGAUGGAGAGAAGCGUACCAGUAUGACUUUGCUGCGCGCAUGCAAUGGACCAUCAAUGGCAACUUUGAUGAUAACAACCAUCAGCCUGUUGUCGUCGUGAACGGAUCUUGCGGGCCAGCGGCGUCAGAAGUGCUUUACAAGUUUGGCGACCAAAUCGUCUUCGACGCCUCCGAAAGCUGGGACCCAGACAAUGACGAGCUGCACUAUGAGUGGUUUCACUACCGCGAGGCCGGUGCAAGGGGUCUUGAAGGGUUCAGUAUACCACUCGUCAGCAACAAUCUCAACAUCACCAGCCUGAACUCCGACGGCAGCGUUGUCGCCGUUGAGCCUCAACGCAACCAGACGAUGCAUCUGAUCUUGUCCGUUACGGACAACAACGAUAUGCCUUUAGUUACGUACCGAAGGCUAAUCCUCAAGCCGAACUGA